AUGACCUGUGUUUGUUUCAGGAUGUACACAGAAGAAGAAGCUAGGAAAUUAGGAGUGGUUGGCUGGGUUAAAAAUACUCGUCAAGGAACUGUAACGGGCCAAGUUCAGGGCCCAGAAGAUAAAGUAAAUGCCAU